AUGGGGGGCUCAUUUUGGGAUUCUAGCAAUUUGCUUGGUGGUUGCUACUCUUCCGUUUUUCUUGAGAUCAUCUUCUUACAUUCAUGUCAAACCAUCUGGAAGUCGAAUCACAAGCUUUCAUGCCCACAAGAUCCUAGGGAGUUCUACGAGAAGUAUGACCUUGUAAACGAUCAGGAGCUGCUACCUCACACAAACCGUCUCAAGUUUCUAGACAAAGCAGCCAUCCUAACCCGAUCACAAACUAUUGAGGAACAAGAGAACAAGAAAUGGAGGCUUUACAGGAUCACUGAAAUGGAAGAAACUAAAAUAUUCUUCACAAUGAUUCCAAUGUUUAUGCCUUUUAUCAUCUGUGGAAUUGUUUCCUCAAUGGGAACCUCUUUUUUCCUAGAGCAAGCCAUGAGUGUAACUCAUAGAUUCAAGUUCUUAACAUUCUCAUUCCUUAUAUUCUUCUAUGCAUUCUCCAUGUAUAUAUCCGCAAGCAUUCAUGCUUUAAUUGCAAUCAUCGGAAGCAUUUUUGGAAUGGUGAAGCAAAAACACAUACCUCCAAUACGAAUUGGAUUUGAAAUCAUGAUAUCCAUUUUCUGCUACAUUGUCGCCGCGCUGGUGGAGCAAAGGAGGUUAAUUAUGGCCAAGAGACAUGACCUAAUCGACGUCCCUCAUAGCACAAUUCCAAUGAGUAUUUUCUGCUGA